AAUCCAUGUCCAGAAUUGAAUCCCGCUAUUCGAACUGCGGAAUUCUGAUUGCUGGUGAUUUCAACAGGCUGGAUACUUCUAGAUUUAAAAACGCCUUCAAACUACAACAAAUUGUUAAAUUCCAUACCAGAGGAAAWAGGACCUUAGAUCUCAUUCUAACCAAUUUGAAAGAUUUCUAUGAGGAGCCUAUUAAACGCCCAGCUUUUGGCCUGUCCGACCAUGCAACUGUAGAACUACAGCCCUUGUCUCGCUGCAAAACACAGUCAUCAAACCGAACAAUCAUCACGAGAGAUCAACGAGAGAGUAACAGGGGUGCUCUAACCUCCUAUUUGAAAUCAGUAAACAUCAAAGAUCUCGUAGAAGGCAAGGAWUCGUGCGAAGAGAAGGUACAGAUACUAGAGGAGGUUAUCAUUACUGGAAUGGACACAAUUAUGCCCAUSARAGAAAAGAAGGUGUCUAUYAACGAGCCGCCAUGGGUGAACAACUCCUUGAAAUCACUCAUCCGUCGUCGCCAAAAGGCCUUGGCUARAGACAAUACGUCUGAAUACAAUCKGCUAAGGAACAAAGUAAAYCGYGUCAGGAAAGCAUGUCGUGGUAAAUACUACAAUGGGAAAGUUAAAGAUCUGAAGAACUGCAAUCCCGCGCUCUGGUGGAAGGAAGUUAAAAAACUGAGUGGUUUCGCUAAGGCUGAACGGGCGAGUCCUUUGGAUGAUCUGCGACAUCUUGCUACUGAAGGGGAAAGCCCGAAGCGCCUCGCCGGUAUAAUCAAUGAUGCCUUUCUGUCACCAAUGACCAUCUUUAAUCCUCUGACUUCUCCAGAUCAGCCCGCAGACGYCAACUUACUCUCACCGGGAUCUCUUUCUGGACUUGUCACCGAGUWCUCURUUCUUAAGAAAUUACUGGCGCUCAAUUCCAACAAAGCGCCAGGGCCUGACGGCAUACCAUCUUGGCUUCUAAAGGAAAAUGCGGAUUUACUAGCGGCACCCGUAGCAGAUAUUUUGAACUCCUCCUUUCGGGAACGUCGUCUACCAAGUUCUUGGAAAAAAGCCAAURUUACRCCUCUCCCAAAGACGUCACACGUAACAGAUAUAAAUAAACACUUAAGRCCAAUCUCCUUAACACCAAUUCUUGCGAAGGUGGCUGAGGAUUUUGUCGUCRAAGGAUAUGUCAAACCUGCUGUAUUGGAGAAAAUCGAYCCGAAUCAAUUCGGGACUGUACCCAAUUCCUCGACCGUUCAUGCACUUGUCAGCAUGUUGCAUAGCUGGUAUAAGAACACUGAUGGGAAUGGUUCCACCGUACGUGUGGUUCUGUUUGACUUUAAGAAGGCCUUUGAUCUGAUUGAUCAUCGGAUCCUCCUCAACAAACUAGCUCAGUAUAAUUUACCCUCUUGGACUGUCCAGUGGAUUGCAGAUUUUCUCACAAACCGAGAACAAAGAGUUAAGUUAUCUCARGAUUGUUACUCUGAGUGGAAGAGUGUUCCAGCCGGUGUCCCCCAAGGGACCAAACUCGGCCCUUGGYUGUUCGUAAUCAUGAUCAACGACCUAUAUGUUGGACGCGCUAAUUUUUGGAAGUACCACAGCAUGAAAAAAUAG